ACAAUUAACAAGCCAUCAACUAGUACAAUAACCAACAGUAUUAGGCCUACAACGGUAAAUCCAUCGUUAUCAGCGAUGGCGACGUUCAAGUCGACUUGCAGCGCAGCAGCUGAUGGCAGGGGCCCCAGCCAAAAGGUCAUCGGCUAUUCCAUGUACGGCAAGAAUUUCUCCGAGCCGAAUUUUUACAACUUGUACUUGAAGUCGUUUACCGAAACCCUCAGGACACUUCCAGUCAAAUAUCCAGGCUGGGUGGUGAGGAUUUACCACGAGCUGAAGAGCGACGACGUGGAGAGUUGGAAAGUCGUCGACAAGGUCCUGGACUUGGGACCCAACGUCAGCCGUGCUCACAUUGACCUAUGCAACGCGACGCAAAUCAUCAAGGAUCGAAAGCUGGGCGAUCUAUUCGAGAUGACGUGGCGUUGGUUGCCGAUGCUGGACGAGCUGGUGGACGUGUUGAUGUCGAGGGACUCGGACAGUGCCAUCUACCAACGUGAAAUGGACGCCGUGGCCGAGUGGUUGGCCAGCAACCGAACCUUCCACAUCAUGAGAGAUCACCCGCAACAUUGCUUAUUCUUCGUCGGAUGUUGUUGGGGAGUGAAAAUCAACCAAAGUCGGGCGGAAAUCGUCGCCAUCGGCCAGAAAAUGUUCGCUGCCAAUCACGAGCACCGCAAAGGCUACGACCAGGAUUUACUCAUCAACUAUUUCCGGCCGUUGGCUUCACAAAGCUUGAUUUCGCACGACAGUUACUGCUGCGGAGGCUUCGCUAGCCAGCCGUUCCCGACGCCGAGAGUCAAUUAUUGGUUCGUCGGUGCGCCGCUCAAGACUCCCGUGCAAACGCUCAACGUCCCGUGUCCCGAGCAAUGCCGGCCGCACAACCUGACGGGGCCGUUGGCGCAAGCCAAUUGGACUUUGUGCUGAGACCGCAUCGACAUCUCU